AUGUCUGAAGCCAGAGAUGUUGAAAUGAAAGGCGAGGAGUACGACUCGACCGCCGAAACGAGGGAAAUUGUGCAAACAAUUGAACAGUCAUUCAAUUUAUUGGAAAAAGCUGCCACCUUAUUUGACAAUCGAUAUGUGUCGAAAGUUCUUCGUGACUUUGCUCCAUUGAGAAAGAAGUUGCCAAGUCAUGAACAGGCAUUGCCUACGGUAAUCAACAAUACUUUUCCUGACUCCAACCCCGCAAAGAAAGAUUUACUUAAGCUUUUCAACGCAUCACCCAUCGACCAUUCAGAUGCCAAUAAAGUCCAGACAUUUAUCCCGGAAGUGGAAUUGUACAUCUACUUGCUUAUCCAAGUUUAUUUGUUGGAUACGGAUCAAUUGCAGAAGUUGAAUGAAUUGAGCACCCAUUUAGUGAAAUUAAUGAAUCAAUACAAUAGACGUUCUUUGGACUUUAUUCAAGCAAAAGUAUGGUUCUACAUUAGCAGGGGAAAAGAAUUAACUAAUGAUUUGUUGCCAGUGCGUACUGACUUGUUGUAUAGUUUGAGAACAGCUAGUUUGAGGCACGAUAUAGAAACCACAGCUUCAAUCAUCACUUUACUAUUAAGAAACUAUUUGUUGUCCCACGAUAUUCAGCAGGCUUCCAAUCUUGUGGAGAAGGUUGUGUUUCCAGAAAAUGCAGCUAAUGCUUUAGUUGCAAGAUAUUACUACUAUUUGGCAAGAAUCAAUGCCGUUCAGUUGGAUUACACUACUGCUCAUGAGUGUGUUAUUGCGGCGAUUAGAAAAUCACCUCAAACCAAACUGACCAAUGGAUUCAUGCAAGCAGCGACAAAGUUGAAUAUAAUCAUUGAAUUGCUUAUGGGCGAAAUUCCAGAAUUGAAAACAUUCAAAAGCAAGACAGGCAGUUACGAGCCAUACUUUAAUGUUACCAAAGCUGUAAGGUUGGGUGACUUGAAGUUGUUUGGACAAGUGUUAAAGACAUAUGAAGAUGCAUUUAAAAGAGAUGACAAUUUCACUUUAGUGUCAAGGUUACGUCAAAAUGUCAUUAAAACUGGUAUCAGAAUCAUCUCCUUGUCGUAUUCAAAAAUUUCUUUGAAGGAUAUUUGCAUCAAAUUACACUUGGAUUCCGAGGAAUCAACUGAAUAUAUAGUGUCCAAAGCAAUAAGAGAUGGUGUUAUUGAAGCGACGAUUAACCACCAACAAGGCUACAUGCAAUCGAAUGAAAUCUUGGAUGUGUAUUCUACAAGGUUACCCCAAACAGAAUUUGACCACAGAAUCAAGUUUUGUUUGUCAUUGCACAAUGAUAGUGUGAAAUCCAUGAGGUUUCCCAAUGAUGAUGACAAACAACCAGUCAACAAGGAGGUAGAACCAAGUGACGAAGUAGAAUUGUUGAAGGCCAUAGAGGAAGGUGAUUUGGAUGAUUUCAUGGAUUGA